AUGAUGUACAGGGGACGGAAAGCCCCAACCCUGGGUUCACUCUACACCACGGUCCUCCUCCUCGUCCUUGUGGCGCUCUCGCUCUCCUCCAACAGCCUGACCCACGCAGCACUCGGCACUGUCAUGACGCUCAACUAUGAUUUCGUGUCUGUCGAGAACAGGCCCGAGACGGCUGCCGGUGCCGCUCUCAUCGCCUCCAUGCCGGGAUUUAGCCAGGCGAGGUAUAUCGAGCAGACUGGUGGAAUCCCCAAGGAUGGCUUCUCUGGUAUCUUGUUCGAUAUGGGCUAUGGCUGUACGGAUCUCUACCAGAAUUAUACCCUCAACCAGACAGAAUCCUUUGUGCCCCAGAGGGUUGCCUUGAUAAAACGAGCGGGGCCUCCAGGAGAGAAAGGCUGUACCUUCCGGGAGAAAAUGCUCAGUGCCAUGAGCCAAAACGCCAUUGCCUUCUUGGUCUACAACAACGAAACCUACGAUGAACUUCAAAGAGUCGACGCUGGCGGCGACGGGGAUGUUCCCAACGCCAUCCCUGGCAUUCUCCUCCUUAAUAGUGAUGGAAUGAUGCUCCGUACUUGGCUGGCGAAUCAAACAUUUCUCGCCAAGGACCUUCCUACAAGUCCACAGUUCUACAACCGAAUCAGAAUCAAUCUCACUGUCUCCCAGAGAAUACAGCGAAUCAGGAUGGACGCCUUGGCUAGAGGCGCCGAUGUGCUACCUAACGGAACUAUCAGGAUGAGAAAGGUCACUAUCAACAAGGACAUCCUCGACACUCUCCCCGUCAGAACCCAUGGACAAACACCACCUGCUCCUACAGCAGCAGUGCCUGUCGUUGCUCAAGAGGUCACACCAACAACGACACAAGAAGGAACCAGUAAUGGUAGCAGCACAGUCGUUCACGUGGAGAACUCUCAGGAUUCUGGUGUGGAGAACGCAAACAAUCCUACUGCUGCCAAUGCCACCCGCACCUCGACUUCAGCUUCGCGUGCCAAUUCGAUCAGACAGUCCAUCUCAGGAAGGUCCGUCUCGGGAAGGUCCAUCUCUGGCCAUUCUGUUCGGUCGCAGAAUGCGAUCGCUGCAGCAACAGCCUUGGAGUCUUCUACUGCAGUUACUACUACUCAGGCUGCUGGAUCGCCUUCAACCGCCCAUAUCGACGACGACGACAGUGAAGACACCUGCGCCAUCUGUCUGGACGAGUUUGAGGACGGUGAUGAGAUUCGAUCGCUUCCUUGUCACCACGAGUUCCAUUGCGAUUGUAUCGACCCAUGGCUGGUUCGCAAGAGUUCAACCUGCCCACUCUGCAAAUUUGACUGUCUCCCCCAGACCGAGGAAGAGGCGCAGGGCCGUGGCGAGGAUGCAAACAUUGUCUUGCCUCACGAUCGACUGAUUGAGUUUAUCAUGGGUCCGGAUUGGGUGGAAGCCCGGACGAUGCGCGGCCAUAACGGAACAAGCAUCACUGACCGCAUUGGACACUUUUUCGAUACUGUCUGGGACCGUAUGCGCGGGCGACCGCCUCGACCAAUGCCUGGGGCCACUGUUCAGUCGACUCCACGACCGCCCUAUUCUCGGUCGGUGGCGACUUCAACAGUCCAACUCGACGAGCAUGGACAAGUCCCGCUGCAGUUGAUUACACCAAGAGGGUUUUCUUCUGCGCCUGCAGCUUCCUCCACCAGAACGUCCUUACCCUUGACCACGCCGCCAAUACCAGCACCAGGACCAGCAUCAGUGGAGGAGACUCGUCGCGGCGUGGCUGAAACACCAGCGGAACCUGUGUCGCCACAGACUACUGCGACCCCUUCAGUGAUUGUUGAGAUCCCCGCCUCGUCCCAAUCUUCAGACAACGACGACAGUAGCAUUGCGAAAUAG